AUGUGGUCCUCCUUGUUUGCCUGGGCCGCCGCCACGGGCAACUUGGCUCUGCGCCACCUCUCACUCCGCCAGGACGCGGAUGCCGCAACCACCAGCACCGAGCCGGUCCUCCUCAUCGGCGGCGGUCCGUCCGGCACGAUUGCCGCGGCCACGUUUGACGGCACCACCUUUGACAUCAUUGCCAACAACACCCUGCCCGGCACCAGCCCCAGCUGGCUGCUCUACAAGGACCCCAACCUCGUCUACGCCGUCGACGAGAACAGCAACAGCACGCGGCUGUUCCAGUUCGACGCGACGACCAACGCCUUUGACCUGCUGCACGAGGAGCAGGGGUCCCAGGGCGUCGUCUACCUGUCCUUCAACCUCGACGCGACGCGCAUGGUGGGCGCCGCCUACGGGGCGGGCCAGGUGGACGUGUGGGACGUAUCGGCCGGCGCGGGGGGGCUGACGCUGCUGAAGCAGAUUGCAAGUGACGAUCCGCUGGGGCCCAACGCGGCGCGCCAGGAGGCACCGCACCCGCACCAGGCGCUGCUGGACCCCAGCGGGCGCUUCUUUGUGGUCAACGACCUGGGCACGGACACGCUGCUCGUGCUCGACACGCGCGACGACGCGUUUGCCGUGGUCAACCGCGUGCGCGUGCCCGACGCCGGCUGCGGUCCGCGGCACGCCGCCUUUUUCCCAGCCACGGGGGCCGACGUGCCGACCAACUACCUCGUGGUGUGCGAGCUGCUGAGCCUGGUCGAGGUGUUUGCGCUCAACAUCACGGACGACGGCGACGGCGGCAACCUGACGUUCCAGCACCUGCAAUCCAUCAGCACGUUCGACCCGCUGCAGCCGCCGGCCAACGCGUCGACGGCGACGGCCGCCGAGAUUGUCGUGUCGGCGGACAACCAGCACGCCUACGUGAGCAACCGCAACACGGGCAACGCCACGGACAGCGUGGCGCACUUUGGCCUCACGGGCGCGAUCGGGGCAACCUCGGGCGACGCGCUGGUGCUGACGUUUGUGGAGACCAUCUCGUCGGGCGGCCUGCAGCCGCGCAUGGUGUCGCUGUCGACGACGGACGGCAGCGAGGCGCUGCUGUUCGCCGCCAACCAGGACGGCGCCGCGGGCCUGCUGGCCAUUGCGCGGGACAGCACGAGCGGCAACCUGACGGCCGACGCGGCGUCGGCGCCGAGUGUGCCGCUGUCCGUGUUUGGCCCGGCCGGGAACGGGCCGCAGUAUGUGCAGCAAGUGCCUAUCGUCUUGACGAGUUAG